AGCUUCCUCAGGCAAGAUCCACUGGUGCAGUCCCCGUCACUUUGUACUCUGUCGGGCUCAAGCAUUAGAGUCGAGCGUUGGCGUGUGAGCGUUUCUCGAUAGCGAUGGGCUGCUUGGGGAGUGCUGCCGUGUUCUUCUUCAACUUGUUUUUGGUGCUUUGUACUCUUCCCGCGUACAUCGUGGCAAAGUGCUGUUGCUGCUGUGGCUCAGCGCGCGAUGGCUCGUGUCGGCAAAAGUGUGUCUUCGUGCUAACGUCAGUGGCAUGGCGCUGCGUUUUCGCUUGCUCAUGCUGGAUUCGUAGAGACAUCGAUGGGCUCAAAGAGUUCAGGGCAGAAAUGAAAGCAUCAAAAACGGGGGCUGUCCUCAUCGCGAACCACUUGUGUUUCCUAGAUACGAUCAUCCUCGUUGCCUUGAUGCCUUUGGCGAAGAUAGCACGGGUGAAGAUGUUUGUGUCGUCGCACCUGGUCAAGAUCCCUUUUCUCAGAACGAUCGUGACGUCGAUGGGUCAUCUCGUUGUUCCAUUCAAGUCGGCUGCAGCGGGCAAGUUCGAGGUUGAUAAGGAUCUUAUGGCCCAGCGGCAAGCAGUUCUCGAGGCUCAUGUGAAAGAAGGCGGCAUCGCUGGUUGGUAUCCUGAGGGCACGAUGAAUUCUGGGGAGAAGCCCUUGGAAGUAGCGCAAUUCAGGGCGGGAGGCUUCAGCCUCGCCGUGAACGUGGACGUGCCUAUUUGGUGCGUUGCUUUCGUUGGCAACGAUCGCUGCUGGCCGAAAAGUGCAGCGGUCGGCGGCAGGCCAUCGCGCAUAAGUAUGAAGAUGUUUAAGCUGUGCGAUCACAGCAGGGAUUUGGCCGCGAAGGGAGGAAGCUCUCCGCGGGACCAGCAGGUAUACCUCGCGAACUUUGCCCACCAAAAAAUCCAAGAAGCAGUCCACGAGCAGAGUGCCAAAGGAGGCCUCCGCCAGAGUUUGUUACCUUAGAUGAGCGGGUCCCCGAUCCGGAGUGUAAGCCUUGACGCAACUUUGCUUGACAGAUUGCUGCGUCGCCAUAGGGUGAAAAUUGUCGGGAGCUCUAUCCAAGUCAAGCCCCCUGCAGGCCUGUGUUUCCGUCGCUUCGUCUAGCACUCACCACUGCUGCCAUCCAGCUACCUUCAAGGCACAGUCCUCUCGGGUGCCUAUUUCUAUGAUAACAUAUGUUUUUGAUCAAGACUUUCGACCGAAGCUAAGUGAGUCCAAGCAUCGCGCUUGAUCUCUCGCUCGCUCCCCGAUCGAAUGUGACGAUUCGUGCUAGGUCCUGGUUGCAGGAUCUGAGG